AAGGAGGUGUCCCUAAGUGCGCACGCUGCUGGCAAAAUUGGCACAGACGCGCACCCGGGAGUCUCACACUCCACUCACCGGUCAUGCAGUUUCUUUGAAAGUAUUUGAACAACUUCCAACAAAAUGGAAGAAAUCUACCAGUAUCCAGUUUUCUUCGACUCUGUCAGUCUGGAUGGAGAGCAGAGGAAGAGGGUCGAGACCUACUUUCAAAUCCGCCGAAAGUCAGGAGGAGGAGACUGCAGCUCUGUUACAAACAUUACGAAUAAUGUUUACAAGAUUGCUUUCAAAGACCGAGAUGCCCAACAGAGGGUCCUGCAGAAAUCUGAACAUGUGUUGGAGUUUGCUGCUGGUCCUGUGGUUCUGACUGUGCGAGAAAGCUCGGUAUGUCGAAAAGAAUGUCAAUUGACACAGUACUGAACUUUUCCUCAGGACAGAAUGAGCAGUCGACUCUUGAGCCAAGCCAGCCCACAAUUGCUGAAGAAUAUGAGCUUCACCUUGAGCCUCCCCUCCUUCGUUACCUCAAGGAAAGUCCCAAAGCUAACAAAGAACUAGAGGAAGAACUCACCUCUGUUUCCUGCUCUGCCAAGCUGUUCCCAGAGGAUGGCAGGGUGUUAGUCCAGGGUUUAACUCAACCUGAUGCUGCUAACAAUGUUACAGAUUGGAAAGUGGAGGUGGACAAAGUCUUUGAUGGCUACUUGUGCCACUAUGAGGCUGAACCUCACAAGGUUAAGGCUUUGCUUCAGUCCUGUGGCUCCCCUCAGGCAACAGAUGAGGUGAAGGUGUACAGCGAGGAUGGGGUGGCUGCUGUUGUCGGGAAGCGUUCCCAGGUGAAUGCCAUGAUGAAAGAAGUAGAGGACUUGUGUGUUAAAAGAAGCACGCGUUCCAGUAAGAAGCAAACCAGUCGCCGACUAGGCAAGGCCAAACUUCGCCUCCUCUGGGAAGUGAUUGAGCACAAUAUUGGGCAAGAUUUUCCUGAGGUGAAAGUCACCCAAAAAGAUGAAGGUCAGAUAGGUUUGGAAGGGGCCUUGGAGAAAAUUCGCAAGGCUGGAGAUUUGAUCUCAAAUAUGGAGCAAUUGGUCUUUGAGAAGACAGUUUCUAACUUAAGCCUACACUUUUUGGCCUUCCUGAGGAAGGCUUAUGGAGAACCAGGGGUGCUAAGUGACUUCUUAGGAGUUGAAGACAAAGUGGAAAUAGAGUUGCGAGACGCAGAGCUACAUAUCUUCACCCUGAAUGCUGAUAAACUGGAUGACACAGAAAAGAAACUGCUUGACAAGUUCAAGGAAGAUACAUUUUAUAUUCCUAACUGCUCUACUGUGCCAUCUGAGCUUCAGCAAAAGCUCAAGUGCAAAGUCCUUGAGAUGAACCAAGGGUCAUGGAGGGCUCAGGUUGUGUUUGGCUCAGACAACAAGGUGUGCUUACUUGGCCACAAGAAGGAGUUUGAGGCUCUGAGUGAAGUUGUCGAACAGUUUAUUUUGGACCAGGCAAGCAUUGAAGGCAAAAUCACUCUCCCAUUCACAGAGCUAGCACGAGAGUUACCAGAACUUUUGAAGCUGCAUAAGUUAGACUAUUCAGGGGUUACCAUCCGCCCUCUGACAUCUUCCCCUGAGCCAACAAUUCUGCUGGAAGGUCCAGCUGGGAAAGUGACUGAGGUCAGAAACAGGCUGAGUCCGUUUCUGGACUCCCUUGUUAUGGACAGAUUCAUCAUUGACAUGCCAGGGGCAGGGAGGUAUUUCCAAAGUCCUUCUGGAAGAGAGAAUAUUUUAAGUGUUGCUCAUUCCCAGAAGUGUCUUCUACAGCUUCAAGAGCAACCACAUAUUUCUAGAAAGGAUUUGGCAUCUGGCACAGUCGCUACUUAUGGCUUUCAAGGAGGGCUCAAGGUUCUGGUGUGUCAUGGUGACAUUACCAAACAGGAUGCGGACGCCCUGGUGAAUGCUGCUAAUGAGAAACUUGAACAUGGUGGAGGGGUUGCUGCUGCACUAAGCAAAGCAGGCGGCCCUGCGGUGCAGAAGGAGAGCAGAUUAUUGAUAAAGCGAACUGGAAAUGUUCCUACAGGUAAUGUAGUAGUCACCACGGGUGGAGACUUGAAAUGCAAGGUGUUGCUGCAUGCCGUUGGGCCUGUCGGUGGCAUAUCAGGUGGCAGAGAAAGAGAAUUACUAGAAAAAGCAGCCCAGUCUGCUCUGGAAUUGGCAGAACUGAUGGAGUUCAAGUCCAUAGCCAUGCCUUGUAUCAGCUCAGGUUUGUUUGGCGUUCCUGUCACUGUGUGCUCUGAGGCUAUUGUAACUGCGGUGAAGAAAUUUGGCAGUCAGGAAGGCAGAAGUCUGAGCAGGAUCACCCUUAUUGAUAACAAGGAAGAGGUAGUGAGGGCAAUGAAGGACGCAUGUGAUAAGAUUCUCCAAGGGAUCACCGUUGGAACUGGCACACCUGAUCAGGGGUUUCCGAUGAGUGCCUCCGCACGAGAUGCAGGGAGAGGAGCCACUGCUGCACUUCCUGGAGAUGACAUCCACAUUGAGGUCGUUCAGGGAACCAUUGAGACUCAGCAGGUGGAUUGUCUGGUAUGUCCUAUGGUUGGCCAUGAUCCUCUCUCCACACGUGUUGGAAAAAAUUUGGUCAGCAAGGUUGGGCCUGAGCUGACUACAAAGCUUAACCGGGAAGCAAGGGGAGCUAUGUUGCCUGGUGACAUAGUCAUACUGGAGGGCUUGCCUGCACUCAAUUCCAGAGGAGUUGCCUUCCUCAACCUCAUUUCCUGGGAUAAUAAACAAGAUGAAACAGCAGUUCAGGUAUUGAGGCAUGGUAUCAGGAAGAUCUUGGCUUCCUGUGGGAUCAGAGGCUACAGUUCAGUCGCGUUUCCAGUGCUUGGGACCGGAGUUGCCCUGCGCUUUCCACACAGUGUGGCAUCCAGGGUGUUACUGGAGGAAGUCAAAGUGUUUGAACAGAAUCGAGUCAGCAGAGCAGCUUUCCGUGUCCGUUUUGUCAUUCACCCUAAUGACAAAGAGUCUAGCAAGACCUUCCAGUCUGCCCAAGAACAACUGCGCCUCAGAGGAUUCACCAACGAUGCUAACCCAGACCAAGCUUCCUUUUACCGCCAUGUCUCCAUAACCAAUGAUGAGGUCACAGCAAUGCUUGGCGGAGUCAAGCUUGAGAUGGUCAAUGGUGACAUCGUUCAUGAGACCACUGACGUCAUUGUCAACACAACAGACUUCUCCAGCAACCAGUCUGGUGUGUCCAAAGCCAUUCUGACUGCAGCAGGGCCCACUGUUCAAGCAGAGUUAGCAAACGUGGGCAUUCCAGCUGACCAUUAUUACAACACAGGACCAGGAUUGCUUGGCUGUAAAGAAAUCAUUCAUGCUAGUUUUAGGGCUGACCCUCAGCUGUUUCGGAAGAACUGCAAGAAGAUACUGAAGCACUGUGAGAGCAAAGGCUACUGCUCAGCAUCUUUCCCAGCAAUAAAUACCGGUGCUGCCGGCAUGGACUUAGUUAAAGCAUGUCAAGCCAUACUGGAUGGUAUGACCUCAGCUAUAACAGACGUGAAACCGAGUUCCCUCUCACUCAUACGCAUUGUCAUCCUGGAACAACCUAUCUUUCAGACUUUCAGAUCAGAGCUGGAGAACCGCUUUGGACUACCAGCUACUCGCCACCUCACCGCAAUAGAAAAAGCUAAACAAAAGUUCAAGAAUUUGCAAAAAAAAAAGGGUCUGAGAACGUCCGCAACUUCACCAACUCAAGUCCAAAACUACCUCUCCUCCAAGCCACCUCCAGCCGUGAUGAGUGUGAUCAGUCGUGGUGGUCCAGACACCGUUAGGACCAUCAAGAGAGAUCUGGAGGGUUUCCUGCAGAAGCAACUGGUAGAGAGAAAGGUGGAUGUGCAUGAUUUCUCCAGGCUUGAACCCAUGGAGUUGGAGGCAGUGCAGGCAAAAAUCAGUGCCUUGGCAAUGAGCCUUGAAUACCAGAAAUAUCAAGGAUCUCAGGGGGCGGAUGGAAACAGAGCAGCUAGAGGCGCAACUCGAGAUUGGUCAGCUUCAGUGAAAGAUGUCUAUGUGCUGAAAGGCCUAAAAGAGGAUGUUUUGAGCGUUGUUGAGCUUGUUCACAGAGCAAUCCACAAAGCACUUCAAGAAGAUCUCCAAGACAAAGGAGAAGCAAUGUUGGCUUUUACUACCCAGUGGUCAAUUCAGGAUCCAGUCAGUGGCGUCUGGCACGAGCUGAGCCUGCGUGAAAACUACAUGCUGGAGCAGGCUCACUUAAAUAAUGAGAUGUCAGAAGAUGCAACAGCACCAGAUGGCAUGAAGGUAACCAUAAACAUGAGGGCAAGAGAGGCCACAAACUGGACAACAGGCGCCACAUACAAAGUGAAAAGAAACAACACUGAUACAGUCCUAGAGUUGCCAGCAGACUGGGAACCUAUGGAAGAUCAAUUUUUUAAAAAGGUUGAGCUGCAGCCUACCUCAACCGAAUACCAGGCUGUGGCCCGAGGUUUCCUCAGAACAGCUAAAUACAACAUCUGUAAAAUUGAACGUGUGCAAAACGUCUACCAGUGGCACGCCUAUACCGUGUGUAAGCAGCGUAUUCUUGCCAAUAAUGGUGCAGCAGAGCUCGGGGAGAAGUCUCUUUACCACGGCACAUCUGCAGAGGCAUGCAACUGCAUCGAGAGAGACAAAUUUGACAGGGGCUACACAGGAGCACAUGGUGCUAGAUACGGAAAGGGGGUUUACUUCGCAGUGAAUGCAGACUACUCAGCCAGGACAUUUUCACCAGCGGAUGCAUCAGGCCUAAAGCGGCUGUAUGUCGCCCGUGUUCUGACUGGCCGUUACACAGUCGGUGAUCCAUCUCUGAAAGCUGCCCCGCCUCGAGGCUCAGACCCCACCGACUGCUUCAACAGUGUGGUGGACAACAUGCAGAGGCCCACAAUGUUUGUGGUCUUCCACGAUGAUCAGGCCUACCCAGAGUACCUUAUCACCUUCAAAUAAUAAAAGGCUUAGUAGCACUUAGUAGCAAUGAGGACUGACUCUACCCACUGAGCCACAGCCGCCCCUGUGGCACAGUGGGUAGAGUCACUCGUCUAUCAAUCAGAAGGUUGGUGGUUCAAUCCCAGCUUGGGCAGUCACAUACCAAAGUGUCCUUAAGCAAGACACUGAACCCCGAAUUGCUCCUGCUGUUGUUCAGCAGUGUGGAAUGUGUAUGAAUGAAAUUAGCUAAUACAGUCAGUGAAUUUGGUGUGAAUGGGUGAAGCUGACAAGUAGUGUAGAAGCGCUUUGAGUGGGCGGAGAGACUAGAAAAGAGAUAUAAGUACAAGUCACUUUACCAUUUAGUAGUGUCAUGAUAAGAUGGGAAUAGUAAUGACACUUUGAGAUCAAUUAAAAUUAAAUUUUAUUUUGUAUUUGAUAUCUACAUUUAAAGCAGCAUAUAUAAAACAAGUGAACUUCUAUGUUAAGUGAUGUACAAUCAAUUUACUUUGACUUCUACUGUUUAUGAUUAUAGAAUUUUCUCAUCUCUUUUAUGAAGAAUAUGUCUUUAAGAUUUAUUUUGUUUUAAAAUACUUUAAAGUUUAUAAGAGUAUCUGUAUUGUUAAAAACUACAUUCAUGUAUUAGUAACAAAAAAUGUAGUAUACAUGUGAUGAGUCUUAAUAUGUCGCAUUAUUACUUUCUGUAAUAACAGAUGAAAAAUAGUGAACUCUUUUGGGGUAAUCAAAUUGUUUGGGAUGCAUCAUUUUAAACUCAAAAGCAAAGUAUGCUAAAUGUCCUUAUUGCACAUAUCACUAUGUGGUGAAACCCUUUGCAUAUUUGUAAUUAAUUAAUACAACUAGUGGGGUUUGUCUAAAGCACUAUGCAAUUAUGAUACUAGACUUCCCCAGGGUAAUAUUUUACUUAAAUGAAGAAGUCUGUAUUUUUGUGCCUUAUUUUAACUUCUUUUUUUGUCUGAAAAAUGCACUCCACAAGAGUCAAUACUGCAUUACAGUUGAAAUGCCUAUGUAGACCCAAUAAGUGGGUCAUGACCUUAAAAACGCAAUCACAAGACCUACAAUAAACAACUACUUUUGUUUAAUAUUGUGA